GCUUUGGGAGACUUGUUAUCUGAGUUCAUACUGCUGGUUCUACUGGUUAGUAGAUUUUCAGGAUGUCUGGUCGUGGAAAGAAGGUUCAGAAAGCUGCAGCUGGAAAUGUCUCUAAAUCAUCCAAGGCUGGCCUGCAGUUCCCAGUUGGACGUAUCCACAGAUUCUUGAAGAAAGGAAACUAUGCGAAGAGGAUUGGUGCGGCAGCUUCUGUUUACCUGGCAGCCUCUCUGGAGUACCUGUGUGCGGAGGUCUUGGAGCUGUCAGGAAACGCGGCCAGAGACAACAAGAAAUCGAGGAUCUCACCCAGACACAUCCAGCUGGCAGUUAGAAAUGAUGAUGAACUCUCCAAGCUGUUUGAUGGCGUCACAAUUGCUGAGGGUGGUGUCUUGCCUAACAUCCAUGCUGUGCUUCUACCAAAGAAAACUAUUAGAGGCCCAAGGUCACAAGAGUCAAGUAAAGUAGCAGAGUCUCAAGAAUUCUAGUCUUGUAUGCUAUCUGGAAUUCUCAAAUCUCUCCCCUCCUCCCCACCCAAUGAGCUUUUAUUGUUUUAAACUAUUUAUGAAAUGUUUGUUUUUAAAAUGUUUACAAUUAAACUUAUUUAUUAA